AUGGUGGGAAUACUUUUUAUAAUGACCAUUGAUCCUCGUGUUUCAUCAACACCAUUCGCCUCUAUCGAUGAGAUUAGUUAUUUCGAAACAGAAGAAGAAACUCUCUUCUCCAUGCACACCAUAUUUCGAGUGGGUGCAAUUAAACAAAUGGACAAUAAUGAUCAACUUUAUCAAGUUGAACUUCAACUGACUGCUGAUGAAGAUGAACAACUUCGACAAUUGACUAAAUAUAGAAGUGAAGAGCUAAUGGGUACCACAGGAUGGCAACGAUUGGGUAAUUUACUACUCAUGAUAGGCCAUUUUGAUAAGGCGGAGGAACUGUACAACGUACUACUGGAACAAACAUCGAACAAGUAUGAGCACACAAUUUAUUAUAACAAUCUUGGAGUUGUCAAAGAUCACCAAGGUGAUUAUGAAAAGGCUAUCGAGUAUUAUAGAGAAUCACUUGAAAUCGCCGAAAAAACUCUUCCUGCAGAUCAUCCUCACUUCGCUACUAUCUACAGCAACAGCGGUUUGGUUUAUAGGAAUAUGGGAGAAUACUUGAAAGCACUUUCAUUCUUCGAAAAAGCACUCGGUAUUGAAGAAAAAACUCUUCCUGCAAAUCAUCUUGACUUGGCUAUUUCAUAUAACAACAUUGGUAGUGUGUAUGAUGACAUGGAAGAGUACUCGAAAUCACUCUCAUUUCAUGGAAGGGCACUUGAAACUCGAGAAAAAACUCUUCCUGCAAAUCAUCCUUCAUUGGCUACUUCCUACAGCAACAUUGGUGGCUUGUAUGCUAACAUGGGAGAGUACUCGAAAUCACUUUUGUUUCACGAAAAAGCACUCGGUAUUCAAGAAAAAAUUCUUCCUGAAAAUCAUCCCUCAUUGGCUACUUCAUACAACAACAUUGGUCGUGUGUAUGAUAACAUGGAAGAGUACUCGAAAGCACUUUUGUUUCACGAAAAAGCACUCGAUAUUCAA